GCGCGUUGGACAAUCAACCCAACAAUACACCCACAAACCAACCAGUGCCACAACCCACAAUCAAGCCUGCUGCUUCUGCACUUUCUUGGUAAUUUAACACUCUUUCUUUCUCAAUCGAUUUCUCAAUCGUUUUUUCAUCUCACUAUUUCCAAAAUUUCCAUACUUAAAUACAGUCCUAGUCCAAUUGGUAUCCAUAGCACUGAGCCCAAAGCCUUAGCUUUUCUGGGUUUUUCUCACUUUUUCAUCUUUCAUCAAAGAAUUGGAGAUUCUUCUCCAAAUUCGAAAUUUGGAUUGAAUUUGGGGAUAUGGGUAUUGGGUGAAUUUGAAUUUGUCAAAAAUAGCAUUUUUUGGGGUUUUUCUGAGUGUUGUAUGUGGGGUGAAUAUAAUGUUUGUGAGGUGAAGUGGGUAUAGGGUGAAGUAUGAGUUCUUUGGAAGGUGAAUUAUAGAUAGUUGAUUCUUUGGUUUAGAUUCUUUGUGAUGGAGUUGGGUAAAGAAGGAGGUUUUGUGAAGGUUUGGAUUGGUUUUGGCCCUUUUGGGUGGUGAAUUUUGCUUGUGGAGGAGGGUUUUGUGUUUUGUGGGUGGUAGUAUAUUUGUUUCUAGUUCAACAUGGGUUUAAUAUGUACCAAGCCGUCGGCAGUCGAAGAUAGCCGGGAAAGCCCACCAAAAAGGACAUCUUCGAUUUCGAGACGGCACCACUCCGAGCUUAAGGUUUCACGGUUCGGUUCUUCGAAAAGAGAGGAUCCAGUUUGGAUUAAAGACAGAUUGGGUGGUGGUGGGGAUGUGAAAGUUAUGUUGGUGGAUAAGAAAGUCAAUGGUUCAAUGCGAUCAUAUGAUCAGACUAAGAGUAAGAAGAUAGACAAGGCUGAGGCUACUUUUCUUGACCAUCUGGGUUCGAGAAGAAUUCCCAACGCUACGGUGGCCGAGCAAACAGCGGCAGGUUGGCCACGUUGGCUCGCUGCAGCAGCCCCUGAAGCUAUCAAUGGAUGGAUACCACGACGCGCUGACACGUUCGAGAAGUUAAAUAAAAUCGGCCAAGGAACUUAUAGUAGUGUUUACAAGGCUCGCGAUGUCACGAAUGAUAAAUUUGUUGCUUUGAAAAAAGUCAGAUUUGAUAAUCUCGAUUCCGAGAGUGUCAAGUUUAUGGCAAGGGAGAUCCUUUUCUUGCGCAGGCUUGAUCAUCCCAAUAUAAUAAAGUUGCAUGGAUUGAUCACAGCACGGUCAUCUAGCAGCUUGUACCUUGUUUUUGAGUAUAUGGAACAUGAUCUUACAGGGCUUGUAUCACGCCCAGGCAUUAAGUUCUCCGAACCUCAGGUGAAAUGUUACAUGCAGCAACUUUUAAGUGGUCUUGAUCACUGUCAUAGCCAUGGUAUUUUGCAUCGUGACAUAAAGGGGUCAAAUCUUCUUCUUGACAACAAUGGCAUCUUGAAAAUUGCCGACUUUGGCUUGGCAAGCAAUUAUGAUCCUCGUCACAAUGUUCCAUUGACAAGCCGCGUUGUGACUCUUUGGUAUCGGCCUCCAGAACUUUUACUUGGAGCCUCUAAAUAUGGUGUUGCUGUGGAUUUAUGGAGCACUGGUUGCAUACUAGGAGAAUUGUAUUCUGGAAAGCCUAUCCUGCCAGGAAAAACAGAGGUUGAACAGUUGCAUAAGAUUUUCAAGCUCUGUGGUUCACCAUCUGAGGAUUAUUGGCGUAAAUUGCACUUACGAAAUUCAACAAUGAUCAAGCCUCCUCAACCUUAUAGAAGAUGCGUGGCAGAGACUUUUAAGGACCUUCCUGCUUCAGCUCUGCAGCUUAUGGAAAUUUUACUUUCUCUUUACCCUGCUGAUCGAGGAACUGCUGCAAUUGCUCUCAAGAAUGAGUUUUUCACCACAAAGCCUUUUCCUUGUGAUCCUUCAAGUUUGCCCAAGUACCCACCCAGCAAAGAGAUUGAUGCCAAAUUGCGAGAAGAAGAAGCUAGAAGGCAAGGAGCCAGUGGAGGAAGGGGUCAGAAGGUAGACCUGGGCAGGAGAGCACAACUGUAGCGUUAGCAGAACAAAUGCUGGAACC